UCUUUCUCCUGGGUGGAAUACGACCGAUUAAGAGAGAAAUUCGGGCAGUCACAAUUAUUAUGCAUGGCGUCAUGGGGUUCUUGUUCUACUGGCUGGGUCUGGCGUGCAUGAUAACGGCGAACGCGAUUCCCGGCUCACCCGCGGCCUACCAGGAUUUUGCGGUCCUCUCUUUUUUUGGACAUCUGGAUAAGGAGGCUGUCUUCCUCAUUGUAACGUUUUGGAUCCACUUCGAUAUUGCGAUGCACGUCGUGAUGACGAUUUUGCAAUGUCGCAGUGACAAAGAAAUGAAGCUGACCCAACGUCGUCUCAUCCUCUUCUCGCCGAUUCCCGUUUUCGAUGAAAAGGAACGAUUCGACGCGCCUGGUCGUUUCGCCCGGAUUUACAUGCUGACCGCGUACAUAGCUGUAGCGCUGAUCUGCACCGUGACGAUCUGCACCUUCAUGCUGAACUAUUCCCCGCGGAAGAAGGGGCUCGGAUUCAUGUCCUGCACGCACGAGGGGACCGACAACGAAAUCCGCGAGGAGUACAUGUGUUAAGUCAUCUUAUCACGGAAAAAUCGCCUAUUAGUCAAAUCGACCCCGCGUAAUUAAUUUAUGACGAAAAAUGAA